AUUACUCAGCUGACAGACAUAAACAAGGAAGAAGAAGACGCAGAUCAACACGUGCGACUGUUUGUUGUUGAAAUGGAAGCGGGUAUUUGCUAUAUAAAACCAGAAUAUCUGGUAACUGAAGGCAAUGGCAACAGUGAAGCAAUAACCACCGAAAACAGCGAGACCAACAAAAGAAAGCGCGAUGAUGGUCACGAACUCGAAACCGGCGGAAAAAAGAAGUGGGAUAAGAAGGAACGCAAGCGUGGACAAAACAAGAAUCGACCAGUUUUUAAAGACGAGCGGUAUUCGCAUCUGUGUCACUCGUUGAUUGAUGGAACCGGUGGAGAACCAUGUUCCCUGGCCAAUUGCCGCUAUGUUCACGAUUUGAAUGCCUUCCUGGCCGCCAAAGGAGAGGAUUUGGGGCCCGAAUGCUAUGUGUUCAGCACCAAGGGAUAUUGUGCCCGUGGGGUUAGUUGUCGGUUCGCCAAAGCCCACACGGAUGAAAACGGCAGGAAUAUCAAACGAGAGGACUACGACGAAAAUGCUCCUCCGACCACAUUCAACGGAGUCAGUUCUGAACUCCAAGUGCGCCUGCGUAAACAUGAGUAUGAUUUUAGUCGGAGCAAGCAGCUGAUCAAAUUAGCAGAGAACCUGCGAGAUGCGCGCAAGCAAAAGGAACAAAAGGAAAAAGACGACAAGGAAAAGCUAUCAGCCGCCGAAGAAAACCAAUCUGCAGUUAGUGAAAACAGCGAUAAACACGGGAAGGAGCCACCAGUAGACUCCAAGGAACAGGAAACACCAACUGGGUGUGCAGUUGAUGAUUCCCCUAUCGGCAGAGAUGCUGAAAAAAAACCAGCAGUUGAUUUUCGCGAAAAGCUCGUCCUGUCCCCGUUGACCACCUUGGGCAACCUGCCCUUCCGAAGGAUUUGCAAGGAGUUCGGAGCAGAUAUCACAUGUGGCGAGAUGGCCUGUGCCCAACCCUUGCUGAAGGGCAUGGGACAGGAGUGGGCCUUGACCAAGCGUCACAAGAGCGAGGACGUCUUUGGAGUUCAGCUGUGCGGAAACAAUCCAAAUAUGCUUAACCAGGCGGCGCAGGUUAUUCAUGAAACGGCGCAGGUGGACUACAUUGAUCUUAAUAUUGGCUGCCCCAUAGAUCUGAUUUACCAGCAGGGUGGAGGCAGUGCUUUGAUGCGACGAACAAAUAUCUUGGAGCUGACGGUGCGCAGCUGUGCUGCUUUGUCGGAUCGCCUGCCCUUCACCGUGAAAAUGCGGACUGGUAUUUAUGCAGAUAAGAGUGUGGCCCACGAACUCCUGCCGCUCGUUGAGGAAUGGGGCGCCUCGGCAGUGACUCUUCACGGAAGAUCCAGGGAACAGCGGUACACCAAACACGCCAAUUGGAAUUACAUCGAGGAAUGUGCCGCCAAGGCCAAAAAUAUGCCGGUGAUCGGCAAUGGAGAUAUACUCAGCUACGAGGAUUAUGUGGAGCGAAGAACGCUGGCGCCGCACGUUAGCUCCGUGAUGAUUGGGCGUGGCGCAUUGAUUAAGCCUUGGAUCUUCCAAGAAAUCAAAGAGAAACAGGCGUGGUCUCCUUUAUCUAACCAACGCUACGAGAUGUUGCAAAAGUUCUGCAACUACGGACUGGAACACUGGGGAUCGGACACCAAGGGUGUGGAGACCACACGCCGCUUCCUCCUCGAGUGGCAGUCGUUUCUGUACCGCUACAUACCCGAGGCCCUUCAGGAGGCUCCGCCGCAAAAGAUCAACGCUCGUCCGCAGAAAUACCGGGGGCGCGAUGAAAUGGAAACGCUUAUGAGUUCCGGAAACGCCGCUGACUGGGUGAAGCUCAGCGAAUCGCUGCUGGGACGCGUCCCAGAUGGAUUCACCUUUGUGCCCAAGCACAAAGCGAACGCCUUUUAAGAUCCUAAUGUACAUAAACAUGUAUGUUCGAUAUCGUUCUUAGAGUACACAACAUAUUGUAGAAUAUCUUGUUUAUGAUUAAAUUUGUGUUGUUAAAUCUCCACUUCA